UCAAGCCUCCCACCUCUCGCUGCUUCUUAAAAGCUAACCCCUAGUUUUCUGAAUUUCUCCUGAGAUGUGGUACCAAUCACGGGGAGAUAACAUUGUAGCCUUCCCGUAAUUUACUGCAUUUUCUGUGUCAGCUGCAGGCAGAUUUAUUCACCACACACAUCUUCGCUUAUGAGAAUGGAUAGGGAGGACCAGUGGUCAAAGGCUACAGGGAGGAAGGAGGUGACGUAGGACAAGCUAAGAAAGGAGUACAAGGACAGAGGAUGGUGUGUGUGACCUGCAGGAACAUUCUCCAGAUGCAAGACCUCAGAGCAAGCUAUUGAGCCGAGAAGCCUCAGAGAAAUCAGCAGAUAGCCACGUCUAUCUGACUGUGAUAGGACGCACAGAACACAGACUUAUCUGGAGGUGCUACUAUAUGGGUGCAUCUCUGACUGACACCACAAACUGUUAGUCAGAUCCACAGCAGACAACGUUCCCUAGUGAAUAAGGCUCUGUUUUGUGGAACAGAAAUCUCCAAUGACAGUUUCCUCCUCUUUUUCUCUGGCAACUGUGAUGCUUCAUUUUGAACAUUGUUAUCACAGAUCUUAUGCUCUCCAUCUUUUGUACAAGAAACAUAUUCAUUGUAGCCUAUCAGUGGAGCAUAUCUUCUGAAACUUAAGUUUAAUAUCUGUGCACACAUUUCAGUGGGCUGUAGUAGAACCAUACAAUUAGUUUUGCUAUAAACACGAGGGCAUUUAUUUCCUCAUUCACAAGGUACAAGAACUAAUUUCUGUCUCCUUCCAUCAAGGCACGUGUAUGACAAAAGCAGCCAUGCGCAAGCUCCAUUUACUUGAUUGUCCUGUUAGGUUUUGACUAAAUCACAUGGUCUUCAUGAGCAGAGAAAGUUUGCUCAAUUGUCAGACUGAAAUGUUCAAAUGCUCUAUUUUUAAGUACUUUGUUAGAAUUUGAACUUGACAGUUCAUUUUGACUUUGAAAACUAGCUGACAUAUAAUGUCCACUCAGUAUCCACUUUUUCUGUUGUAGGACUUUCACCCACUAUUUUGUGACAGCUGGGCAAACUUGAUCUGCUGAUGAAGAUGGGGAGAGAUGUGUCAAAAGCUGCAGGACAAUAUAAGUGGCACUUGUUUUGUGCUGUUUCCAAAAAUGAACUGUCACACUUAAGCUGCUAAGUUUCUUAUGCCUUUUGACCUGCUAGCUGUGGUGCCUAAAAUUUCAGCGUCAGUGUUGUUUGGUCCAUUUCCAACAGUACCUUUACAAAAACAGUUGCGAUCAGGCCCCUCUAUGGCUACAGUUUUACUGGGUUCAGACAACUGUUGUAGACCUUACUUUGUUGAAGGAACAAUUGUUAAGAUUGUUUAAAGAAACCAACAUGGCUGCUGCUUUGGCGGCAGAACUGAAGCAGUCAUGCCACUUCUGACAGUUAUUAUUCAGCCUAGUAUCACUACUGUAGGAAAUACUUCACUAUAGGAAGGAAUGUUAAUCUCUUGGUGACUCAUCUUCUAGCAUCACCAUCAGGACAAAAUCUACACACAGUUUGACUCACAUGCUUCCAGGGGUGAAAACUAUUUUUUGAUUGUAAUGAUAUCAUGGCUUUGUUAGUGGCACCUUCAGAAAAACUGCAUAUUAGCUGCACAGUUUUGUAAGAGCAGCAAAAGCACCAAUACCUUCUCAGUUUUCUUCAGCACUUUUGUACAGUGGGGUGUGAUGACCAUAAUUUUGUUCUAAUAAGAUGCUUCCCCAGUGUGCGGAGUGAGAAAAGAUGCACUAAAACUCAAACUUGGACUUUGAGUCCAACGAACCUGACUGCUGUUAUUUAUAAAGUGCCUUAAAUAUAACAAAGGGAUGGGAGGAGGAGGAAGAACAAACAAAGGGGUAAAACUGCAGAAAAAGAGGGAAAGGAAAGGGUGGGGGCUAGGUUAGUCUUUGUUGGGAUUAGCUCCUCAGACAGAAGAUCGAUGUGCAGCUAUUCUAUUGUGAGAAUGUGUCUGUCUGUCCAUGAAGGGAUGUAGGAGCCCAUGGGCGGACAUUGAAGUGUGCUGUUUAUUCACAGUGUGGGAGCAGCUCAGGAAGCAGCCAACGAGAGCUUCCUGGGGAAAAGGGCUAUGGGUGAUCCCCGCUCUUCUAUAGGAGGAAAUGAACUGCAUGGGCAGGGGCUUGAUGGAGACUUUCAGCCCCGGGGCCCAGAGAUGUGAACUAACCACAGACACUCAACUGCCCUGCCCACUGAACUUAUUAAGCAUCGUUCUCCGCACAUAAUGAAGGUGUCCUGCGGAGGCCCUUCAUCCUCCAUCCAGUCUCUAGGGUCCAAAGCCCUGGGGUGCUACCAUCAGGUCAAGAAGCUGGAGGAUAGCGGCAGGGAGAUGGAGUUCAGCAUGCGGAGGUGCCAGGGUGGCGAGCUCCUGCACCCUGAGGACAUGGUGGAGGAUGUUCUGGAGGACAAUGACUUUUUGCAGUUAGUCUUCACAGGAGAAACUGAAAGAUAUGACACUUCUCCCCUGGCAACUGCAGUACAAAGCUCUUAUCAAGAGCCCAACAAGUACAUUUCCCUGGAUGGCACCAGCUUGACCACAGCCGAUUUGGUCAGUUUGGGUCAAGGCUUGUUCAAAAUAAAGUUAACCCUGGAGGCCGAGGAAAGAGUCCAAAAGGCCAGAGAGCUCAUUGAUGUGUUUAUAAGAGAAAACAAAGUUGUGUACGGAGUCAACACAGGGUUCGGAAAGUUUGCAUGCACACUCAUACCAAAAGAACAACUAAUGAAGCUACAGGAGAAUUUGGUCCGUUCUUCUUGUGCUGGAGUUGGUGCCCCAUUGAGCAUAGAAAGGACCCGCAUGGUGCUGGCUCUGAGAAUCAAUACCCUGGCAAAAGGCCACAGUGGAGUCUCCAUGGAAACCCUUGAUUCUAUGAUCAAGGCCUUUAAUGCAUCGUGUUUGUCCUGGGUACCAGAGAAGGGCACUUUGGGAGCGAGUGGAGACCUGGCUCCUCUGGCCCACCUCACCCUAGGCCUGAUGGGGGAGGGCAGGAUGUGGUCACCACAGAGUGGCUGGGCCGAUGCCAAAGCUGUUUUGGAAGGCCAUGGGCUCAGACCACUUGUACUCAAACCAAAGGAGGGACUCGCUCUGAUCAACGGGACUCAGCUGAUAUCAUCGCUGGGUGCUGAGGCUGUGGAGAGAGCCCUGGCUGUGAGCAGACAGGCUGACGUCAUAGCUGCCCUGACUUUGGAAGCCCUGAAAGGCAGCAAAAAGGCCUUCCACAGUGCUAUCCAUGAAGUGAGAGCGCACCCUGGUCAAGUGGAAGUGGCUGAGAGGCUUCGCUCUCUGUUGGACUCUGAUGUCUUCCCUUCUCAGAUCGCAGAGAGUCAUAGAUCAUGCACACGUGUUCAGGAUUCCUACACCCUGCGCUGUAUCCCACAGAUUCAUGGAGUGGUGAAUGACACAAUAGCUUUUGUCCAGAAGUUGAUUUCCACUGAGCUGAACAGCGCCACGGACAACCCAUUGGUAUUUGCAGAAGCUGGAGAGACUAUGUCUGGUGGGAACUUCCAUGGAGAGUAUCCAGCCAAGGCCCUGGACUACUUGGCUAUCGGUGUGCAUGAGCUGGCCAGUAUAAGUGAGAGGAGGAUUGAGAGACUGGUGAACCCGGCCCUCAGUGAACUGCCAGCUUUCCUUACCCAGGACGGCGGUUUGAACUGUGGCUUCAUGGUGGCACACUGCACUGCUGCUGCCUUAGUGUCAGAGAAUAAAACUCUGUGCCACCCAUCCUCCGUUGACUCCCUGUCCACUAGUGCAGCAACUGAAGACCACGUGUCUAUGGGUGGGUGGGCUGCUCGCAAAGCCUUGAGAGUAGUGGACCACGUGGAGCAAGUGCUAGCCAUAGAGCUGCUGGCUGCUUGCCAGGCUCUGGAGUUCCUGCGUCCUCUAAAGACCACUGCUCCUCUGGAGAAGGUCUAUGAGCUACUGCGCUCUGUGGUCAGUCCCUGGGAUGGAGAUCGCGUGGCAAGUCCUGACAUUGAAGCUGCUCACUCACUCAUCAGACAGCAAAAGGUGUGGAGGACAGUUCAGCCGUACAUGGAUGAAUAUAGGAGAAAGCUGAAAACAUGAAUGUACAGAGAGCAAAGCUACAGCACACAGUUGCCUGAAUAUGAAAUGAGGCACACAGGCUGUUUAUGUGAUGAAUAAAA